CGUUUUAAUCAAAGAAAAAAUUUUCACUGACUGAUAAUGUAUUGAAAAGUAAGCGGAGCAGCAGCAGCAGCGCGCACAAUGAACCGUCUCAUCGCUGCCUAUAAUACCACCAAUCAACAACAAAAACAACUAACCACUUUAGGGAACUGCAAAACAGAGCUGAACGCAGUGUCCAAGAGCAAACAAAAGUGUGAACUUAGAAGGGAAAUCAACAAACAGCACAAUAUGUCUGCCAAAUUGGAGGCGGACACAUCAACCGCCAAUAUUGGGGCAAGCAGUGGAGCGGCAGCUACCACCAAUGGCAACACAACGCCUGCGCGACGGCUGCGCACCCGCAACUCCACCGGCAGCGGUAGCGAGAGCACCAAAAAGAAUCACAGCAGCAUUACAGUAGCUGCCACCAACAAUUAUCAUAGCGACAAUGCAACAGCCAGCGAUGGAGCAGCUCCACCAGCAACAGCAGCUGCUGCAGGGUCAACCGUGGAGCGGCCGAUGCCCAGCGUACCCAUGAAUCAUGCGAGCAGCAGCGUCUCGGCAUCCAAAAAAUAUCACAACAGCUGUCCACAUCCCACGCCCAGCGUUCACAAGAAACCGUUGCAUACACAACCGCACAGCACCAAUAAAUUCGAUCAGGGCAAGAAUGAGGAGUUCCAUUUCGAUACGCCACCUGAAUGUCCAAUUUUUCGACCAACAGCCGAGGAGUUUAAGAAUCCACUCGCUUAUAUCAGUAAGAUACGAUCCAUCGCCGAGAAAUGUGGCAUCGCAAAGAUAUUACCGCCGGAAAAAUGGUCGCCUCCAUUUGCCGUCGACGUUGACAAGUUGCGUUUUGUGCCGCGCGUUCAGCGGUUGAACGAACUGGAGGCGAAGACACGAGUCAAGCUCAAUUUUCUUGAUCAAAUCGCAAAGUUUUGGGAGCUGCAGGGUGCCUCAUUAAAGAUACCCAUGGUGGAGCGUAAAGCACUGGACUUGUAUACGCUGCAUCGCAUUGUGCAGGAGGAGGGUGGCAUGGAGCAGACUACUAAAGAUCGCAAAUGGGCUAAGGUGGCUAAUCGUAUGCAAUAUCCGUCAAGCAAGAGUGUUGGCGCCACCCUAAAGGCGCACUAUGAACGCAUACUGCAUCCCUUUGAGGUGUAUACUUCGGGCAAGGUUUUGGGCGCUGCAGCAGCGGCAGCAGCCACUGCUCAUGCCACGCCCGUCAAACUGGAGGAUGGUGGUACCGAUUACAAGACACACGAGAUACCCACACGUCAGCAAAUAGCACCUCCUAAUGAGAAUAAUACGCGUCGUUCGAAACGCUUCGGCAACUCUACCGCUAGCUGUGGUCUGACUGGCGUCAAGAGUGAGACUGGCAGUGGCAAUUCAACCACUGUUGGUGGAGUAGUUAUCAAAACUGAAACAAAAGAGGAUUUCAAACGAGACCUACUGAGCAGCUUCAAUGCUGUUCAUGCAACUCCAGGCGCCACUGCCGGCGUCAACAAUACGGGCAAUUCAACAGCAGCCCCCAACACACGCGCCACCCAGAAGAAGGCCAACGAGCCACAGCAGCUGAUUGACCCACUCAUGAAGUACAUAUGUCACAUAUGCAAUCGGGGAGAUGUCGAGGAGUCCAUGCUCUUGUGCGAUGGCUGCGAUGAUAGCUAUCACACCUUCUGUCUGCUGCCUCCACUCACGAGCAUACCCAAAGGUGAGUGGCUUUGUCCGCGUUGCGUUGUGGAGGAGGUGAGCAAGCCUCAAGAAGCCUUUGGUUUCGAGCAGGCUGAGCGCGAAUAUACGUUGCAACAAUUUGGCCAAAUGGCCGAUCAAUUUAAGCAAGAGUACUUCCGUAAACCCGUGCAUCUGGUGGCCACGGAACUCGUAGAGCGCGAAUUCUGGCGCAUCGUCUCGUCAAUUGAUGAGGAUGUAACCGUGGAGUAUGGCGCCGAUUUGCAUACGAUGGAUCACGGCUCUGGUUUUCCAACAAAAAGCUCACUCUAUUUGCUUCCCGGCGAUCAGGAGUAUGCCGAGUCUAGCUGGAAUCUGAAUAAUUUGCCGCUGCUGGAGGACUCCAUAUUGGGUCACAUUAAUGCCGAUAUUAGUGGCAUGAACGCGCCGUGGAUGUAUGUGGGCAUGUGCUUUGCUGCCUUCUGCUGGCACAAUGAGGAUCACUGGAGCUAUUCGAUUAACUAUUUGCAUUGGGGUGAGCCAAAAACUUGGUAUGGUGUGCCCGGCUCUCGUGCCGAGCAGUUCGAGGAGACUAUGAAGCGGGCAGCUCCCGAAUUAUUUGCCUCGCAGCCAGACUUGCUGCAUCAACUCGUCACGAUCAUGAAUCCGAACAUAUUAAUGAACAAUGGAGUGCCGGUCUAUCGCACCGAUCAGCAUGCCGGAGAGUUUGUCAUCACCUUUCCGCGCGCCUACCAUGCCGGCUUCAAUCAGGGCUAUAAUUUUGCCGAGGCCGUCAAUUUCGCACCUGCUGACUGGCUGAAAAUGGGACGCGAGUGUGUCAAUCACUAUUCGAUGCUGCGUCGUUUCUGCGUUUUCUCACACGACGAGCUCGUCUGUAAGAUGGCCUUGGAGCCAGCAAAGCUGACAUUUGGCAUUGCCACAGCCUGCUACAUUGACAUGGCCGAGAUGGUGGAUACGGAGAAAAAACUGCGCAAAUCUUUGCUUGAAUGGGGCGUGACACGGGCCGAACGACGCGCCUUCGAGCUUGUUAGCGAUGAUGAGCGCCAUUGCCAGGAAUGCAACACCACCUGCUUCCUGUCCGCUGUCGCCUGCGAGUGCAAUGACAAGGUCAUAGUCUGUCUCCGUCACUACACCGUGCUAUGUGGCUGUGCGCCUGAGAAGCACACGCUUAUCUAUCGCUACACGCUGGACGAAAUGCCGCUUAUGUUGCAAAAGUUGAAGGUGAAGGCUCAUAGCUUUGAGCGUUGGCUUUCACGUUGCCGUGACAUUGUCGAUGCACAAACACCGACUUCGGUUACGCUCUCUGAGUUGCAGGAGCUGUGCAAAGAGGCCGAGACCAAGAAGUUUCCGUCAUCGCUGCUUAUCGAUCGUUUAAAUGCGGCAGCUAUUGAGGCAGAGAAAUGUGUUACCGUCAUACAGCAGUUGGGCAUCAAUAAGGUACGCACACGCUCCGAUCACAACCAGGAGGCUGCUCAAUACAAGCUCACCAUGGAGGAGCUGGAAUUGUUUGUGCAGGAGAUCGACAACCUGUGCUGCAUCAUCGACGAGGGCACUUCUGUGCGGGAGCUUCUGGUGUUGGGCAAACAGUUUGUGGAGAGAGCGGAGGCACAAUUGCAAUUAUCAUUGGAAGCGCUGGAGGAGAAUGAGCUGGAGACGCUGAUCAAUGAGGGCAGCUCAUUGCGCAUUGAACUCCAACAGCUGGAUAUGUUGAAUAAACGUUUAAAGCAAUGCAAGUGGUACAAACGCUCGCAGGGAUUACGCGAGACGAGCUCCAAGUUAACGUACAACGAUGUGAAGGCACUGCUGAAUACCGCCGCUGCCGAUCUUGAUCCCACAGAUCCGUUUAUUGACAAGGAGAUGCGUAAGCUGCAGCAAAUUGGCGCCGCUAUCGAGGCCUGGGAAUCACAGGCAGCGAAAUUCUUCCGUCGUCACACACAACAACAUGAGCUGGUAGAGAUCGAUCAGUUCCUGAAGACAGCUGCGGACAUAAAUGGGCAGGUGCCGUCGCACGGCCUGCUUAAGGAUGCGCUUCGAAAGGCACGGGAAUGGUUACGUUCUGUGGAGCAACUGCAACAGAAUAAUCAUGUGACCUAUUGCCACACUUUAGAAACGAUGAUCGAGCGUGGCCUGAACAUACCCAUACAGUUGGAGGAGCUGAGUCGAAUGCAGGGACAUCUGAAUAGCGCCCACCAGUGGAAGGAUAAUACGGCGCGCGCGUUCCUUAAGAAGGGCACAUUUUAUACACUGCUCGAGGUGCUUAUGCCACGGGCUGAAGCCAUUAACAUUGAUUCGGAUCUCAAGCCACGUUUCCAAGAUGAUUUCCUGAAAGAGAAAAAUCCAGCGGAAAUUGUAGCUUCCUUCAAACACGCGGAGGAGAAGGAGCUGCGCGAUAUGCGCGAGCUGCGACGUGAGAAUAUGGCCAAGAAUUCGCUGCGUGAUGUUUUCUGUUUAUGCAAGGCCGAAUUCCGUGGACUCAUGCACAAUUGUCAGCUGUGCCGCGAUUGGUUCCAUGAGGACUGCGUACCGCCCCCGUCAACGUCAGUGCACAACAACAAUAACAAUGGAGCGUUUAAUGGCGGUACGGCAGCAGGCUCCUCCUCCACGCGCUCUAAAUGGCUCUGCCCCUCCUGCGUGCGCUCCAAACGUCCGCGUCUAGAGACGAUUUUACCGCUGCUGGUGCAGUUGCAACAACUGCCCAUCCGCCUGCCCGAAGACGAGGCGCUACGCUGUCUCGCCGAGCGCGCCAUGAAUUGGCAAGAUCGGGCACGAAAAGCUUUGACCAGUCCCGAUGUCAGCGCUGCACUCGAAGCCAUCAUCGCACAUCAGCAACAACUACAGGAAAAGCGCAGAACGGUCGGCCCUGGCUCACUUGGCGACAUCAACAGUCCGCGCAAAUCGCGUCGUUCAAGUCAACGUGGUGGCAGCAAGGCGCGUUCCGACUCAGAUGCGGCCAUCGAUGAUGAUGAUGACGACGAUGAUGAUGUUGGUCGAUUGCGUAUUGUCGAAGAUGGCUUUAGCAACGACGAGGAUGAGCAACAGCUGUCCCGCGUGCGCAUCCCGGCUGAUGAUGUGACGGCCACUGUGGAUUUGCUGAAGCUGCUGUCUGACAGUGAAAUUGAGAACCUGCUGGAUCUAAUGAUGGAGGGAGAUCUGCUAGAAGUGUCUCUAGAUGAAACGCACGAGCUGUGGCGCAUUUUGGAGACCAUGCCGCCCACUAUGCUGCAAGCACAAGCUAUGGCGCGCGUGGCACAGCACCUGCAACGUCAGCGACAACAGCAGCAACAACAAUUAACAGCGCCCACGUCCAGCAUAAAUUCGGGCGCCGAAGAUUCCAAUGACAGCCUCCUUGUUCAGAGCAGUCCGAAUAGUGGUGGCAACAGCAAGACGAGCAAGAAACGGCGCUCCAACGAUGCCACCGGAAAUUGUCCAGUGCCGCGCAAAAAGAACAACACGCCCAAGCAGACAGCUAAAAAGCAAACACGCAAAAGUGAGAGCAAGGCGCAGCCGGGAACUGCAGCUGGUGCUGCAGCAACAACAACCGAUGCGGAUGUGGAAAACAAACAGGCGAAUGGUGGCAACACGACCACAGCAGUAGCAACAACGCCAGGCGGCAUUAACAACAAUAGCAACAGCAGUGCGCCCGGCUCUGCUCAGAAGAAACGCAAACGCACCUCAACAAAUAAUAACAACAAUAAUAAUACAAAUGCCAGUGGCCAGGGCAAUCCAAAUGCAGGCACUAAUAGCAACAGCAACAACAACAGCAAUGCCGGCGGUGGUGGGGGCGGUGUUGGUGGUCAGAAGAAGCACGCGCAACGCACACAACAAGCCGCCCAGGAGGAUGAUGAGGAGGAAUGCCGUGCUGAAAAUUGCCACAAGCCGACAGGACGCGAGGUCGAUUGGGUACAGUGCGAUGGCGGCUGCAACGAAUGGUUUCACAUGUACUGUGUCGGUCUGAACCGGAGCCAGAUUAAGGCGGAUGACGAUUAUAUUUGCAUACGCUGCACCAAGACCGUCACCGUGGUGGCGAGCAGCAGUUUGGCAAACACACUGAGCAGCACAGCCACGCCAUCAAAGCAGCGAGCAACGCAAUCGGCGCGAUAAAUGUAAAAUAUCACAUGCAAACCUAUUUAAUUUGUAUGUCUUGUUUUGUUCUUCGAUUUCGAUUAACACAUCAGCGAUAUCGAUAAUUACAGCAGCCUUUUUGUGUUUACUGUUAGCGCGCGUACACAAUAUUCGUUACAAUUCGUAUGUAUGUAGAUGUGUAUGUGUACACACUUGCAGGCACAUGCGAUGUCACCCUAACGGUAUUUACUAUGUUUAGUAAAGUCACUUUAAAUUGAAAAGUUUUGUAGUGCAUAAAUAUGUAUGUAUGUACUUCUAAUUAUCGCUAUUUAGUACGUCUUAUAAAACGUAUUUGAAAUUGCAAAAUGCAACAAAAAAAAAAAACAAACAACAUAAAAACUAAUAACAAAAAAAUGGCAAAAUGGAAAAUGAAAAACAACAACUUUGUACAAGCAGUAGAUGGAAAGCCGGCGUUAGCCAAUGAGCACAUUUUUCGUUCGUUAAACGUUCUUUUAUACAUAUUACAAUUACUAUUAUUAUUACUAUUAAUCUUUGUUAAUUUAAUUCACUCUUUGUGUUCGCUUUAAGUUGUACGAUGCGCGCCUUUUAAGUUUUUAUUAUGAGAGAAACUAUUCAUAUUUCUAAUGUAAAUUUGUGUUUACUUAAAGUGAAGAGCAAACGAGCGUUUUCUUUAAAAAGGAACGAAAAACAAAAAACAGAUCGUUAAACAGAAAAUCUUCCAUUAUUUUAAUGCAUUAAUUGGAUGCAUGACGCGCAGCAAACAUUUUUGUAUGUUUUCGUUUAGUUUUGCUGAUUUUUAUUUAAAACAAAAACAAAACCAUUUAAAAGAAACAAUGAUCGAUUUAAAUUAAAUGUAGCAUAAAAAACCAAGUUUAUUAAAACAAAAAGCCUAGUUUAUAAAGUGAAUAAUUAAAAAAUACAUACAUAUACUUGAUACAUAUAAAUGCAGCCUAAUGCUAAGUUUAAAUAUAAAAACACAAUGAAAAAUGUAAAAUUUUUAAUUUAAAUGUAGUAAACUGAUUAGAGAACAAGCGUAAGCUACUUGGAAAGGUAAAAAACAAAACAAAAAAAAUGCAAAACUUUUCUUAUAAAACAAAAAAAAAAACAAACAAAACUACAUCAAAAAUGCUUAGAAUUAUUCAAGAAAAAAGAAACACUUUGUAAAAUCAUUUUUUAAUUGUGUAUAAAAACGCGGGUCGAUUUGUGGCCCAAACAAAAACAUAAGCAUCUUAAGGGAAAACAAACAAUUUUAUUUUAUUUAAGCUGAGAAUGUACGAUUCAUUUAAAUGAACCCCCAAAAUCAACUACCUUACGCCCCACAAGUCCCACACAAUUAUGUAAUUCUAUUAUACAUAUAAAUAAAUUAUAUAUAAAUAGUAUUUAAAAAAAAAAAAACAAA